CGCCAAGGUGAAACAUGGAGAGGAACCCGGCACUCCGGCUGGCGAGUCUUUUGCAGUCUUGCAUCGAGAAGAAAUCGCAUUUAUCAGCAGCAAAGAUCCUCCAUACUCGCAUCCUCCGCUCCGGCCUAUACGCCGAUACUUUCCUGUCCAACCGUCUGAUUGAGCUCUACUCCAGAUGCAACAGUGCAAACAAUGCCCGCAAGCUGUUCGACGCAAUUCCCAACAAGAACAUAUACACCUGGAACGCGAUCCUGACCGAAUACUGUCGGAUGGGAGAGUUGGAAGAUGCCUUCAUGGUGUUCGACGAAAUGUCCGAGAAAAACACCGUGUCCUGGAACAACUUGAUCAGCGCAUUGGUGCGUGGUGGGUUUGAGAGACGGGCGUUGGAUGUUUAUGAUAAGAUGGUGUUGGAAGGGUUUUUGUCCACGCAUUGCACGUUGGCGAGUGUUUUGAGUGCUUGCGGUGGUUUGUUGGAUGUGGAGUGUGGCAGGAGGUGUCAUGGCCUUGCUGUAAAGAUUGGACUUGAGCUGAAUAAGUACGUGGGUAAUGGUCUGCUUUGUGUUUAUGCUAAGUGUGGUUUUCUUAGGGACGCCACUCAACUGUUUAAGGAUAUGCCUGAACCGAAUGAAGUAACUUUCACUGCGAUGAUGGGUGGGUUGAGCCAGACGGACAGAGUUGGAGAGGCAUUAGAGAUGUUUAGGUUGAUGUGUAGGAAAGGGGUCCGGGUUGAUAGUGUCUCCUUGUCUAGUGUUUUGGGUGUUUGUUCUAGAGGAACGAGUGGAGAAGCUGCGUUCAACGACCAGAGAGAUCGGUUCGCGAGCAAUCUUCAUGGUAAGCAGGUCCAUGGACUCGCAAUCAAACUGGGAUUUCAGAACGGUCUUCACUUGGGGAAUUCUUUGCUUGAUAUGUAUGCAAAGUAUGGGGAUAUGAAUAGUGCUGAAAAGGGUUUUGAUAAUAUGCCCUGUUAUAGCACUGUUUCUUGGAAUAUAAUGAUCGCCGGGUAUGGUCAAAGCUACCAACUUCAGAAAGCCAGAGAAUUUCUUCAGAAAAUGCAGAACCUUGGGUUUGAACCUGAUGAGGUUACCUGUAUUAACAUGCUCGCAGCAUGUGCAAAGUCGGGAGAUAUGGAGACUGCAAAACUCAUGUUCGAUAACAUUUCUCGCCCCAGUACGAGUUCAUGGAAUGCUAUACUAUCAGGGUAUCUCCAGAUUGGGAACAACCAGGAAGUUGUUAAAUUGUUUAGAGAAAUGCAGUUCCAAAGUGUACCGUGUGAUAGAACAACCUUGGCUGUUGUUCUUAGCUCUUGCACAGCUAAGGGGUUCUUGGAAGCCGGAAAACAGGUUCAUACUGCUUGGCAGAAGGGUUCUUGUCAUAAUGACUUAUACGUUGCUAGUGGCCUUAUAGCUGUGUAUUCUAAGUGUAGCAAGCUUGAGAUAGCAAAAUGCAUAUUCGAGAACUUGCCUCAACUGGAUAUUGUUUGCUGGAAUUCUGUUAUUGCAGGAUAUGCAAUCAAUUCUUUACACAAAGAAAGUUUUACUGUUUUCAAGAAGAUGCGCCAAAAUGGGAUGUCUCCAAACCAGUUUACUUAUGCAACUGUUCUAAGUUCCUGUUCAGAACUAGGUUCUUCAUCUCAAGGAAGACAAGUGCACUCGCAGAUCAUAAAAGAUGGGUUCACCAAUGAUGUCUUUGUAGGAAGCACUCUUAUUGGUAUGUACUGCAAACGUGGUGAGGUAGAUGAGGCCCGCGAUUUUUUCGAUAUGAUGCCUAGCAAAAGUAUUGUUACCUGGAACGAGAUGAUUCAUGGGUAUGGCCAAGGUGGACAAGGCGAUGAAGCUGUAGGCAUUUACAGGGAGAUGAUUGAAGGUGGCGAGAAACCUGAUAGCAUAACCUUCAUCGCUGUUUUGACUGCUUGCAGCCACUCUGGUUUGGUGGAUGCAGGACUUGAAAUCUUUGAUUCAAUGCUGCAAGACCAUGGAGUAGAGCCAAUUUUGGAUCACUAUACUUGUAUAAUUGAUGCAUUGGGCAGAGCUGGUCGUUUCCAUGAGGCAGAAAUCAUACUGAAUAAGAUACCAUAUAAGGACGACCCAAUUGUAUGGGAGGUUCUGCUUAGCUCUUGUAGGCUCCACGAUAAUGUGAGCUUAGCUAGAAGGGCGGCAGAUGAACUCUUCCGUCUGGAUCCUCAAAAUUCGUCCCCGUAUAUCCUUUUGGCCAAUAUCUAUACUUCUCUUGGAAGAUGGGACGAGGCAAAUGCUGUGAGAGUGCUGAUGGGUAACCAUCAUAUUACCAAGGAUCCAGGUUACGCUUAUAUUGAGCUUGAAGCUGGACCACAAUCAUCAACACGGGUUAAAAAUCUGAUGAUGUCCAACAAUGAAUUUCUUACAGCAAAUGGGCCUGAUCAUCUUUCUAUGGCAGGAUCCGUUGCAUGAAGGCAUAGUACAGGGCUGUCACUUUGAUGAUCAAAAUGUCUAGCCUGCGUAUGCAUGAUCUGAAUGCCCCAGCGCCUAGUAGGAGGGAGUUGCUGAGUGCAGGGCCGAUGUAAGCUGGGAGAAGAAACCCCAAGGUUGGUGUAUCUCAUUAUUUGCAGUAGCCUCAACCCUCAGGUCAUGAAUCCUGGGGGCUCUGACCAAGUGCCUACAGCCAUUUGAUUAGCCUUUACUUCGGAACAGAAUGAGGCCAAAGAGCAUCUGUCAGUCAGGUCUGAAUAGGGAUCUCAGUCUCAGUAAAAGACAUCGGAUGAAGGAAAUCGGGCGUUAGGGAAGAAAUUUUGAGGGAUUACUGCUCCAUGCAUAACGUCUUGUACCAAUUACCCGAGGGAGGAUUGAGGAAAUUGGUUAUCCUUCAACAUACGGAUUACAUUGUCUACAUACCGAACUGAUGGGUUGAAUAUUGGCAAGUCGAUGUCAGAUUGGCCUACACUCUCUCAUUUGAAACUCUGUUAUAAAGUGUAACAUGGGGU